UUAAAAGUAUUUUGUUCCGAGAUCGUAGACACCAGUGUCCAGGCAAAAUGUAUUUAACUGGCAUAGAAUUAAAAAAAUAAAAUAUACACAAUGUCAAAUGACGAAGAAAAAGAUAUCAGCGUCGUUCCCGUAUAUUUUGAAGAAAGUGGUGAUAAUUCAAUUGAAGUUAUUCGGAAAUGCAAUACAACGAACAAUAUUGAUACAUCAUGGGAUCAAAGCAAUUAUGUUUCAUUUAAAGAAUCGAAAGAGAGUCAGCGUGAGAAAACUCCACCAUAUUACAGUAUAAUGAUUGACGCAAGUCCUUCAGACAGUAGAUCAAAUAGUUCUACGCAGACGGAUAUAGUAGGACCAGUUGUUGAAGACGGCUUAGUCGAUGUAAACCUAUCUUUUAGCAAAGAUUUUAAUGCAGUGGAAACUUCAUCCAAUGACAGUGACGAUGUCCUGAAAUCUUUAGGUAGUAAACGUUAUAGACACGAUUCCUUUGAAGAAAAGGUUAACCCACCCUGGAAAAAGACGAAGUGUACGGGUUCCAGUACAUCAAGCUCAUCAGAUUUGACAGAACCUAAAGCUGCAGAAUCUGUUUCAUCAAAUAAAUUGUGUUCUGAAUCAGAUGUUUCUUUUAAAUCCAUCAAUACAAAUUAUUCCUACAAAGUUCGCAAAAGACGAAAAUCUGAUUCAAAUCUUUUUAAGGAUAUGUUACAUCGAUCUAGAAAAUGUAGCAGUUUGGGCAAAUGUAAAUAUUUAGAAAAUAAUAUAUCAGGUGGAACGCCUAGGAAGGAUAAAUCGUAUAGACGUAGCAACCGCACUAAAGUGUGGAAUAUUGUGGAUAUUUGCACUUGGAUUGGCAGGAAGGGUUACCAAUCCAUAACAGGUUUGUAUUCAGAUAUUGUUCGUGAACCCAUAACACUAAAGGAGAAUAAAGACAAUAUGUUAAUGGAAGAAGUUAAAGUUCUCAAAAAUAUUAUGGAAGAAAUCGAUAGUAAACAAGCGCGUCUGGCACGAGAGAACGAACUACUUAAGGAACAAAUGAAAAACAUGCUGUCCAAAAUAGUGGAACUCGAAAAUAAAUUAAGUCGUCAACCUAUAGUGACGCCAUCGGUACCAUCCUGCCCGCCACCACCACCGCCACCCCCUCCCCCACCGCCCCCUCCUCCUCCACCUCUCACGUCGAGCAAGCCCCUCGCCCGCGCCCACACCAUUCCUCGAUGUGGCUCCGCACCACCCAGGAUAGCUGCACCCAGGCUGACCAUCACACCGCAAGAUAUCGCCAACGUGAAGCUAAGAAAGACGAAGGACAAUCCGGUGAGGCCGAAACGAGUUCAAAAGGACACCCAACAACCGCUGGUGACGCAGCACAUGCUGGAGGCGACGCGAGCCAGACUCGGCCGCAACAGACCCGUGGCCGCUUCAACUCCAAAACAACAGCUAUCGGAAUUGGAGAAAUGUCUAUUACAAGAGUCGUCUGUUACUUCGUUGUAUCGUCGUCGUGUGACUCGCGGUACUUUUCGUAGCGCCGAGGAGCUACGAGUUCGCCCUUAUCCUACGAGAUGCGCACGAUCUCCUCACUCACCUCGUUCCAACUCCCUCUCUCGAGCUACGACGUCACCCCUAAAGUUUCCUCUUAUUUGUCCAAACAAAGAAAAUACAGAGUGAUUGUCAAUAAAAAGUUCGUAUUGGUUAAAUGUACGUGUGGACGAGGCUUCUGAUAGCCGGAGUUUCUGUCGUCAGCUUAACACCAAACACACAAAAUAAUUGCACACCAGCUGAAAACAUAUAAUUAAAUUUAAUUGAUUGUUGCGUUCGACAAAUUUUGUAUUUACCAAGAGGGAUAAUUAAAGAGGUUUGAAUAAAAUUAGGUUUAGUUAAUCAAAGAGUCAUGAGACUUCGAAAAUAUUCAAAUAAUAAAUAUUGAUAAGUUUCUUAUUCGUUUACUGCUAUAUUAUGAACGGUUAACUAACUACUUAUGUUCGUUUGACAUUAUUAUUUGAUAAAAUAUAAUUUUCUUUAAUAUAUUAGCCAACGUUCGUGAGUUUUCUGUAUUUAGAAUUUAAUUUAUUUUAUUACAUUUGUAUGUCGACUAUUGUGACGGGUAUCUUGUAGAUGUAUCUAAAUGACGAAAAAUAACUUGAAUUAUAACGCAUCUUAAGUUUUUAAAGUAACUGGUUAGAUAAUAAACUGAUAAACAAUGAUUAUUGUAAAUAUUAUUAAUUUCAUUUGUUUAUUUUAAAUUGUAUAUUUGUGAUUUAUUUUAUAAAUAUUUGCUACACCAUUUUUUGUGUAGGUAAAAAAAAUUGUAUAUAUUAAUUAAAAUUUUGAUUCGGAAAAUAAACCUUUUACAUGUUA